AUGAAUGUUGACGGCUCCUCCAGAGGCAACUCGAGCUUAGCUGGUGGAGAAGGAAUUUGUAGGGGCGAUAAGGGCCAAUUCAUUUGUGCCUGUUCUUCGGGUUAUGGCAUUGGUUCUAAUUCUUAUGCCGAGCUGCGUGCAGUGUACGAGGGCUUACUCCUAGUCUUGUCUUUGGGGUUCCAUCAUAUCAUCCUGGAGUCCGACUCCUUGCAGGUGGUAAAGAUGUUGAAUGGGAUAAGCCAGGUGAGCUGGAAGUGGAAAUUUUGGUUGGGGCGGAUUUUGUUAUUGAAGAGCAGAGGUCGUAUUGAAUUCGCUCAUAUUUUCAGGGAGGGGAACACCCCGGCAGAUGCUUUUGCCUGCCUGGGAAGCGAAAGUCAGUCCUCUGCUUCGUUGGAUCGGCUUUGUGAUCUCCCGCCCAGAAUCCAUUGUCUCCUCUUCCUAGACAAGGCCGGUCUGGGGUUGAUUAGAAAUUUAGCCCGUCAGUGGUUCCGUUUUUUGCGUUUUGUUUGGCACCUCCAGCUUUGUAUUUUCUUUUCACAUGAUAGGUCUCCCUAG